AUGUCCAACAACAUGGCCAAAAUCGCCGAGGCCCGCAAGACGGUAGAACAACUGAAGCUGGAGGUGAACAUCGACCGCAUGAAGGUGUCGCAGGCAGCCGCGGAGCUCCUAGCUUUCUGCGAGAUGCACGCCAAAGACGACCCGCUGGUGACGCCGGUACCCGCCGCUGAGAACCCCUUCCGUGACAAGCGUCUCUUUUGUGUACUGCUCUAAGCCCUCCUGACAGCUUA